AUGCCCUUUGCACAGCUGGUCAUCGGACCCCCCGGUGCGGGCAAGUCCACGUACUGCAAUGGAAUGCAUCAGUUCCUCGGGGCGAUUGGCCGCAAAUGUUCGAUCGUGAAUCUGGACCCCGCAAAUGAUAAGACGUCGUAUCCGUGUGCGCUGGACGUCCGCGAUCUCGUUACGCUGGAGGAGGUCAUGAGCGAGGACCAUCUGGGUCCGAAUGGAGGCAUUCUGUAUGCCAUGGAGGAGGUGGAGGAAAACUACGAGUGGCUGGAGGAGGGGUUGAAAGAGCUCGGAGAGGAUUAUGUUCUAUUUGACUGUCCUGGACAAGUUGAGAUCUUCACGCAUCAUUCGUCGUUACGCAAUAUCUUUUUCAGGUUGCAGAAGCUGGGAUAUCGAUUGGUCGUCAUCCACCUAAUCGACUCCUACAACCUCACCCUCCCUUCGAUGUACAUCUCCGCCCUCCUCCUCUCCCUCCGCGCCAUGCUCCAAAUGGACCUCCCCCAUCUCAACGUCCUGACCAAGAUCGAUAACCUCUCGAACUACUCGCCCCUCCCGUUCAAUCUAGACUUCUACACCGAAGUGCAAGACCUCUCCUAUCUUCUCCCGCAUCUCGAAUCCGAGUCCUCCCGCCUGUCGCACGAGAAAUUCGGACCGCUGAACAACGCCAUCGUUGAACUCGUGGAGGAAUUCGGGCUGGUCGCCUUCGAGACGCUGGCGGUGGAAGAUAAGAAGAGCAUGAUGAGUCUCCUGCGCGUGAUCGACCGCGCCAGCGGGUAUGUGUUUGGGCCGGCGGAGGGCGCCAACGAUAGUAUCUGGCAGGUCGCUGUGCGGGAAGGACUCGGCACGAUGGAUGUGCGCGACGUCCAGGAACGGUGGAUCGAUGCGAAAGACGAGUACGACGCGAAGGAGCUCGAGGAGCUGGAAGCCGAGGCGAAGGCGAAAGAGGAGGCUGCGCGAGCUGCCGGGGCGACUGCGCCGGCCGAUGACUUUGGAGAUGAUUACGAUGACGAUUUCGGGCGAGGGCCGAUCCCCGACGGGGGUGUGAAGGUGGUGCGCAAAUCAUGA